GAACAGUAGGACGGAGAGGGAGCUAGAGACUCCUCUCCAGCUCCAGCUGCCAUCCUACUCCUGCUGCUCCUCCUCCUCCACCAGAACCACUUCUCUUUCUCAUCACAUCCAGAGCUCUUUUGGAGAUGUGACGAUUAGGAAGAGAUUGGUGACACUGAGCUGCCUGUGCAUUGACACGACCUCUUGACCUCAUCUUCAGCAUGAAUGGUGAUAUGCCUCAUGUUCCCAUCACUACUCUUGCUGGAAUUGCUAGCCUAACCGACUUACUGAACCAGCUGCCUUUGCCUUCCCCUCUUCCGGCCACCACUGCUAAGAGCCUGCUCUACAAUGGAAGGAUCUCCGACGAGGUCAGCAGCCUGUUGGUGUGCCGAGACGAGAAUCUGGUGACUCAGCUGGCCCAUAGCCUUAACCAGGUCUCCACAGAACACAUAGAGCUGAAGGACAACCUGGGAAAUGAUGAACCUGAGGGUGAUAUGCCAAUACUUCUUCAAACGUUGCUGACCAGGAACCCCAGGAUCUUCAGGGACAAAAGUGUACUGCAGCAACCAUUAAUACAGCAGUACAAGAUUUCUCAGAACCAAGUUCAUGGAAGUCCAGCAUCAAAUUAUCAGCAAAGCCCCUCUGGAUGCUUUACAUCCCCACAGUGUGGCUCAGCUACUCAGUUUGUACCCCAGCAGAACAGCCCCAUACCCAGCCCCUACACCCCCCAGAGUCCUGCAGACUACAUUCAGUACAAUCCACCCAGUUACUCUCAUCAGACUCAACAAGUUGUUAGUGGUGCGAGAACAAUUCUUGACAACAAAAUCUCUGAGCAUCUGUCGAGUAAUUCGUCUAACCGUAACUCCAAACCCAGUUUGGAUGAAGACUACGUAAGCGUGGCUCAAAGACUGGGAAAUGAGGAAAAUUACUCAUCCAUAAAAGCUGGCAUAUUUUCUCUAUCUGAAGAGAGAACAAAAAAGCCCAGGCCUCCUCUUAUCAUGCAGUCACCUCCACUUGAGGCAGGCACAGCCCCUGACCUGCUCCUUACCACUGCCGACCGUAAAAAGAAGCAGAGAGAAAGGAACAAAGAAGAAAAUGAGAACAUGGACAAAAACGUCUUUUAUGACAUAGUUAGCUCUCCAUCUAAGGACUCUGCCAGAUUGACCUUAAAACUGUCCCGAGUGAAGAUCCCAGACACGGGCCGCUCUGAAGAACUCCUUCCAACCUCACCUAUGGACUCAGAUCACAACGCGGUUGUUUUAAACAAUGAUAUUCAGUCGUCAGGUUCCCCUCAAGAUUUUUCGCACAAGUCAGUGGUUGAAGAGCAUCAACAAGAUGCUGCGCAGCCAAUCACAAAGGAGACUGGGGUCAUCAGUGGGAUUGUGUUUGAUGACUCUGAGAUAGACGCAUUUGCUGAAAUUGAAAGGAUAGACUCAGCCAACGAGAGAGAGCGAUGCUCUAAAGAGGUCCAAGAUAAAGACAAGCCACUAAAAAAACGGAAACAAGACACGUACCCUCAGGAACCCGGAGUUGAGACAAAUGAAGGCCCAUCUUUACAUGGGGGCAGCAACAUCAGCAGACUGACACCCAAGAAGUCGAGUGCUGCGAGUAAUGGUGCCAGUCGACCUGCCUUGAUGGUCAGUAUUGAUCUGAAGCAAGCUGGAAGAGUAAUAGGACAGCCUGUAGUUGUCUUGGAACAGCAACCGUGUGAUGAUCACAUACGUCGCCUUAAGACAAGUGCAGAUACUGAAAACAGACCUGGGAUCAUCAAAAAGCUUCCCGAUACCUGCCAGAUGCAUAUUUCUGAUGGACAUACAGAAAGCAAUAAACGAAAGCAGAACAACCAGCGUGAAUCAAAGCGCAAUCAUGACAGCAAACUUGAUUGUGACAAGGGGCAUUCAGAGGACAGACACGUGGAAAUGACGAGGCUGAAGCAGGACAGGCAUUCAGACUUUCGACACAAAGAGGAAAAGAACAACAGUAGUCACAGAUCCCAAGUCAGCAGACCUGAAACGCUCAAAUCCACAAGCAAAGUGGAUCGCAACUCAAAACAUGAAGAACAGAAAGGCAAGAAUAAAGACAAGAAUAAAGAAAGGGACAGACAGAGAGACAAAGAUGGAGACAAAGAAAAACUCAGAGAUAAAGAAAUAUCCAGAGAACGAGACAAAGACAAAGUCAGAGAUAGAGAAAGAAACAGAGAAAGAGACAAAUCCAUAGAUGUGGCCAGAGAAGAAGACAAAUACCAGGACAAAGUCAAAAGCAAACUUAGGGAUGGAGACAAAUUUAGAGAUGGAGAAGAACCAAUUGAAAGAGAAAAAUUCAGAGAAGAAGACAAAUCUAGAGAAAGAGCCAAAGAUGAGGACAAAGACCUGGAGAAACUCAAACAGAAACUUAGAGACAGAGACAAAGAUGGAGAAAAAGUCAGAGAAAGAGACAAAUCCAUAGAGCUGGAUAUAGAUGAAGACCAAGAUAUGGAGAGAGUUAAAGACAAAGUUAGAGAUAAAGACAAAAUCAGAGACAAAGAAAAAAAACGAGAAAGAGACAAAUUUAGAGAACGAGACAAAGACCAAGAGAGAGUCAAAGACAAUCAUAGAGAAAAUGUCAGGGGAAGAGACAAAUCCAUAGAUGUGGUCAAAGAUGGAGACGAAGAUGUUGAUAGAAUAAAAGACAAGGUUAAAGACAAAAACAGAGACAGAGAAAAAACAGGAGGAAAAGAAAAAUCCAGAGAAAUAGACAAAGAUCGGGAGAAAGACAGAGACAAGAAUAGAAAUAGAGACAAAGAUGAAAACUUUGAAGUGGGCAAAGAACAAAACAAAGAUGGCAAGAGAGAUAGAGAAAGAGACAAAGGUAAAGACAGAGACAGAAACAGAGAUAGAGACAGAGAGAGAGACCGAGAAAAGAACAAGAAGCACAAGACGCUUCUUGAAGGAGAUGGCAACAGAAUCUCAUUUGAGGAGCAAACUAAAGCCGAGAACUCUAAACUGAAGCAAGAUGAAGGCAGAAAAUCAGCUGAACUUAACGAUCGGCAGAGAACAUCGUCUUCCAGCCUUCAGACAACCCCAAACAAGGACCAACGGGCAAGUGGGGAUAGUAGCAUGAACCAAGCUGCAAACAAACGGCAGGCCUCUGAGAUGAAAAUGAGUGAGUUCCCGCCGUUCCUGCUGGGGGGCAAUUCUGGAAGUCUCAAGAAUUUUGUGAUUCCUAAAUUGAAACGAGAUGGAAAAGAGGGAACAGAUAAAGAUCUCCGACUCAAAGGCAAACUAAUAGAUGGUUGGACUGAACCAUUGGUGCGGUUAGAGAGAGUUUCACUGGUGAAGAACUUGAACAAAAAAACUAAACCAGUUAUUGUGGUUAAGAGACUAAGCAUUGAAGAUGUAAAGAGGAUCAUUAAAGAAACCAAGAAUGCACACAGCUCCAGAUCCAGACACUGGGCCUCUUUUGACAAAUCAGACAGAGAGAGAGCAGAUAAGCGAAAGCACAGUAUGAUCAAUAAGGGAUCCAAAUAUGCUGAAGUAGAUUCCGAUGACUCAGAUGAGAAAGACAACGGUGAUGAAGAGUUGGAGUCUGAGUUAGAGGAUGAGUCUCCAAGAAAAAGGAAAAAGAAAGACCACGACAAGUCAUGGAAGUUCGAAGAGAAGAAAGGUUCUAGGGAUCACCGGCGAAGUGGAGGCUUUCAGAACUCUCGCCGGGGGUCAAGUGGCCGCCAUCGGGAUUGGAGCUGUAAUGAUGAUUCAGAUGGAGACUCCCCUCCACCGAGCCUGAAUGAUGUUGCCCGAAAAAUAAAGAAACAGAAAAGCAAGAUGGCAUACGAUUCCAAAAUGACAACAGAGGAAAAGAUGGACUCUUCUGCAUUUAAGAGGUUUGCAAACAGUGUGGACAACAUUCUUGAGAGCCUUGAGGAUGUAGACCUCACUGCCGAAGAAGAUGAUGAGAUACCUCAAGAGCUGUUGCUUGGAAAGCAGCAAUUAAAUGAGCUUGGCAGUGAUUCUACUAAGAUUAAAGCGAUGGGUGUCUUUAACAAGUUUUCUUCUAGUAAACUUGUGAAAAUUCUGAAUAUGUUGGAGAAGAACAUUCAGGACAGCGUCACACUUUCCACCUUAAUGAGUCAAGAUAACGACUCCAUGGAUGAGGAGCGUUUGUGGCGGGAUCUCAUCAUGGAGAGGGUGAUCAAGUCUGCAGAUGCCUGUUUGACUGCGCUCAACAUAAUGACGUCCCCACACAUGCCAAAGGCUGUUUAUAUAGAGGAUGUGAUUGAGAGGGUGUUGCAGUUCACCAAGUUCCACCUGCAGAACACUUUGUACCCGCAGUAUGACCGUUCUUACAGGGCGGAUCGCCAUGGAGGUGCCUCACACACUUCAAAGUCCAAGAGACCAAAAUCGUCUGCCCACAAACAGAAAGUGGUGGUGGGAUUGUACAACAAGGUUUGCGACAUUAUCAGCAUCAUCUCAGAGCUCCUUGAAAUCCAGCUGCUCACUGACACCACAAUUCUCCAGGUGUCGAACCUCGGAAUUACGCCUUUUUUUGUGGAGAAUGUCAAUGAACUGCAGCUAUGUGCCAUCUCUGUAGUGACAGCAGUUUUCUCUCGCUAUGAGAAGCACAGGCAGCUCAUUCUGGAAGAGAUUUUUGCCUCUCUUGCUAGACUUCCCACCAGUAAACGUGGCCUCAGGAACUUUAGGUUAAACACCAGUGAUUCAGGUGGACCCCCGUUGUACAUCCAGAUGGUCUCGGCUCUCGUUCUUCAACUCAUUCAGUGUGUGGUUAAUCUUCCGAAUGAGAGAGAAACUGAGGAGGAACCGAAAAAGAAGGUGGAUAAAGAUAUCCUCAUUACCAACUCUUAUGAAAUUGCCAUGAGAACAGCACAGAACUUUCUCUCUGUGUUUCUCAAGAAAUGUGGCAGCAAACAGGGAGAAGACGACUACAGGCCUCUGUUUGAGAACUUCGUUCAUGACCUGCUGUCGGCUGUCAACAAGCCCGAGUGGCCUGCUGCUGAACUGCUGCUCAGUUUAUUGGGCAGACUGCUGGUUCACCAGUUCAGCAAUAAGCAGACAGAAAUGGCCCUCAGGGUGGCGUCGCUCGACUACCUCGGCACUGUAGCCUCAAACCUGCGUAAAGACUCGCUCUCUUGCAAGAUGGACCAAAGAACUAUCGAUCGCAUUCUUAAAGAGACUCCUGGCAGUGAUGAGGUACAGCAGCUCCAAAAGGCUUUGCUGAACUUCCUGGAUGAAAACAUUGAUGCAGAUCCAGCUUUAUUGUUUGCAAGGAAAUUUUACAUUGCCCAGUGGUACAGAGACACCACAGUAGAGGUUGAAAAAGCUAUGAAGUCUCAAAAUGACGACGACGAUCCAAAGUAUCGGCGACAUUCCAUGGAUAGUGACGCAACCGGGGAGAUUGUACAGACGGUUGAGGCACGGAAAAAAUUCCUCCGCAAAAUCAUCAAGACAACGCCAUCAAACUUCAGCUCCGUAAAGAUAAGCUCUGACACAGUAGACUAUGAGGACUCCUGUCUGAUUGUAAGAUAUCUGGCCUCUAUGAGGCCAUUUGCGCAAAGCUUUGAUAUUUAUUUAUCACAGAUUCUGAGGGUCCUGGGAGAGAGUGCUAUUGCAGUGAGAACUAAAGCCAUGAAGUGUUUGUCAGAGGUGGUGGCUGUGGAUCCAAGCAUACUAGGAAGAGUGGACAUGCAGCGUGGGGUGCAUUGUCGUCUUAUGGACAACUCCACUAGUGUCCGAGAAGCAGCCGUGGAGCUUCUUGGCCGCUUCGUACUCAGUCGCCCUGAGCUCAUCGAGCAGUACUAUGACAUGCUUAUUGAGAGGAUACUGGACACAGGAAUCAGUGUGAGAAAAAGAGUCAUUAAGAUUCUUAGAGACAUUUGCUUGGAGCUCCCAGAUUUCCACAAGAUAACAGAGAUGUGUGUCAGGAUGAUCCGCAGAGUCAAUGAUGAGGAAGGGAUCAAGAAACUGGUAAAUGAGACAUUCCAGAAACUCUGGUUUUCCCCCACACCCAGUCACGAUGAAGAAGCCAUGAACAGAAAGAUCCUGAACAUCACAGACGUGGUGUUGGCGUGCAAAGAUUCAGGCUACGAUUGGUUUGAGCAGCUUUUGCAAAAUCUGCUGAAAUCAGAGGAGGAUGCUUCAUAUAAACCAACUAAGAAGGCCUGUGUUCAGCUGGUGGACAAUUUAGUGGAACAUAUACUAAAGUACGAGGAAUCUAUUGCAGACUGUGAAGAAAAGGGGAUAAACUCAGGUCGUGUUGUAGCUUGCAUCACCACUCUCUUUCUGGUGACUAAAAUCAGGCCUAACCUAAUGGUUAAACAUGCCAUGGCUAUGCAGCCCUACUUGAACACUAAAUGCAAUACUCAGAAUGACUUCAUGGUGAUCUGCAAUGUGUCCAAGAUUCUGGAGCUCGUUGUUCCUCUGAUUGAGAAUCCAAGUGAGUCUUUCCUCAACACGAUUGAGGGAGACCUGAUGAAGCUCAUUAUUAAGCACGGCAUGACGGUUGUGCAGCACUGUGUGAGCUGUCUUGGUGCUAUUGUGAACAAGGUCACACACAACUACAAGUUUGUGUGGGCUUGUUUCAAUCGCUUCUAUGGAGCUCUGGCUAAACUCAAGACGCAGCACCAGGAGGACCCCAGCGGCUCCACUCUGGCUGCUAACAAACCAACUCUGCUGCGCUCACUGUUCACCGUGGGGGCUCUUUGUCGACACUUUGAUUUUGACCAAGAAGAGUUCAAGGGAGCUAACAAGAUCAUCAUAAAAGACAAGGUUUUGGAGCUUCUACUGUAUUUCACCACCCAUGAGGAUGAAGAGGUGCAGAUCAAGGCCAUAAUUGGUCUAGGGUUCCAGUUCAUCAUGCACCCAGAGCUCAUGUUUGCACAAGAUGUGAAGGUUCUUUAUAUCAGCUUGCUGUCUGAGGAAAACAGGGCUGUCAAUCUGAAGAUCCAUGUGCUCAAAAAUCUUCAAACGUACCUGCAGGAGGAGGACUCUCGAAUGCAAGAGGCCGACCGUGAAUGGAACAAGCAAGCGAAGCAGGAAGAUCUUAAGGAGAUGGGCGACAUCUCCUCAGGCAUGAGCAGCUCUAUUAUGCAGAUUUACCUCAAGCAGGUGCUGGAGUCCUUCUUCCACUCACAGUCCACUGUUCGGCACUUUGCUCUGAACGUCAUCACACUGACUCUCAGCCAGGGCCUCAUACACCCUGUACAGUGUGUCCCCUACUUGGUUGCGAUGGGAACAGAUCCAGAACCAACCAUGAAGAACAAGGCAGACCAACAACUAGUGGAGAUUGACAAGAAAUACUCAGGAUUCAUACAUAUGAAGGCUGUUGCUGGGUUGAAGAUGUCUUAUCAAGUGCAGCAGGCCAUAAAUGGAGGGAAACGUGCAGCGGUCCGGGGUUUCCGACACGAUGACUCGGACUCGGCCCUUUGUUCUCAUCUCUACUCUAUGGUCCGUGGGAACAGACAACACAGACGAGCUUUCCUCAUCUCCCUGCUCAACCUGUUUGAUGACAGCUCUAAAACGGAGGUAAACAUGCUGCUGUUCAUAGCUGACAACCUGGCAUGCUUCCCUUAUCAAACCCAGGAGGAACCUCUUUUCAUCAUGCAUCAUAUAGACAUUACUCUGUCUGUCUCUGGCAGCAAUCUACUCCAGUCUUUCAAAGAGUGUUUACGGAAAGAGCCUGUAAGACACGAAAAGAAGGUAAAGACAAAGAAGAGAAAAAAGAAGCAUUCUCAUAAGAGGAAAAACAACUCAGAUGAGGACGAAGAGAAGAGCAGCAGCACAUCCAGCAGCAGCAGCAGCAGCAGCAGUAGUAGCAGCAGUAGCGAUGAAGAGGAGGAGGAAGUUCGGAAGCGAAAGAAGCCUGGAGGCGGUGACUCUGACUCAGAUCUGGGCGAUGAAGAAGCAGUGAUGGACCGCCUGCCUGAAAACACCACCCCUCUGCAGGAGUUUGCCAGUGCUUCACAGGGGAUCCUGCUAUUGCUGGUGCUCAAACAACACCUAAAGAAUCUGUAUGGCUUCUCAGACAGCAAAAUCCAGAAGUACUCGCCGACGGAGUCUGCCAAAGUUUAUGACAAGGCAGUGAACAGGAAAUCUAAGGUGCAUUUCAACCCUCGUCAAACUCUGGAAUACCUGAGGAGUGAUGUGGCCAACAGAAACCUCAGCUAUGAAACUAAGAGGAAUAUUGUCAAACAGUUUUUGGACUUCAAGGUGCUGAUGGAGCACUUGGAUCGUGAUGAAGAGGAUGAGGAUGGGGGCGAAGCAAAUGCUAAUGCCAGAAACAAAGCCAUCAAUUCGCUGCUGAAGGGUCCAAAACCCCAAAAUCACAACCACAGUAAUCACACUGCUCCAGUAGAGACAGAUGAUGAGAGUGAGGAUGAAGAUCCUCCUGCGCGGAAACCAAGAAAAGACAUGGACUCUGCUGAUGACACGGGUCAGACGGUGGAGCUAAUGGACAUCGUCGCCAUCUGCCGCCCCAAAUACAAAGACAGACCGCAGAUUGCCAAGAUCGUCCAGAAGACCAGGAGCGGCUACAGUGUACACUGGAUGACGGGAUCUUACUCUGGACCGUGGACUGUGGCGAAGAAACGGGACGGUCGCAAAAAGGUGCCUUGGGUCGACAGCAUCAAGGAGUCGGACAUUAUUUACAAGAAAAUCUCCUUGACGAGCGGACAGAAGCUCACGAACAAAGUGGCACAGACGUUACGAGCGCUGUACGCGGCCAAGGAUGGGUCAAAGAGUUAAUAACAAAAAUGAACGACCCUCGCAGCUCACAUCUCUGGAUCUGCUAUGUUACCUUCAGAGACGACAUUCACACUUAGAUUUAAGGCUCUGGUGGCGGAAAUCUUUUUGAAAUACUGAUGUUUAAGUUAACACACGAGAAACGGAGAAGAAAAUGUUUGUGAAAACAUUGUGUGGGAGUUCCUUCGCUGUUGUGCAGCAACUUGGAUGUUUGAUUUUUACUCCCGCUGUAUCAUAGUUUAACUAAAAAACAUGUUUAUAUCUGAACAUAAUUCUGUAAUAAAAAAACAAAAAAAACAAGCUGAAUGUUGGAAGUUAGUGUAUUGAUGAUGUUCUUAAUAAAGUGUUUUUUUGGAAUUAUAACUAGAUCCAGAUAAAUUUAUUUACUUGAUGUGAGGUCCAGCAGAUUUUCAUGUCUUGUUAUUAAAAAAUAUGGUGUAGCA